AUGGCAGAGAGCUCCGCCAGCUCCGGGUCUGUGCGUCUGCCCGAGGUCCCAGAAAAACCUCAAGAAGCCGCAGUCGGCCAAGCCGAAGGCGUCCGACAAGGAUGCCAAGCAAAAGGAGGAUUCUGUGCGAGCCCGAGGACUUGUGGGUACCAAGCGGUGAGUUCAGGAGCAUCGGAACAGCAUGAGGGCCUAACGUGUGAAAGUCUAACCGAGGAGCUGGACAUUGAGGAGCUGGCGAAGAAGUACAAGACCAACCUGAAGAAGGGACUCACAGGCAAAAAGGCUGCCGAAAUCCUCGAGAGAGAUGGAUUGAACGAGUUGGAGAAACCGCCCAAGCCCACGCUGCUGAUGCUCUUCCUCAUGCAGCUCACGAGCUUCAUCAUCAUCCUCCUCAUGGUGGCAGCCGUGGCCUCCAUCCUCGUGAACGCCACGGGCCCUAAUGCUGCGGAUCCGCUCUCCUACACGACAGGCAUUGCCAUUGCCGCCCGUCUGCAAGUGCGCUUGCAGAAGCACCGUAUCGGCCGCAUUGCCAAGCUUAUCGCCGGCGAGGAGCCACAGCGACUUGCAGAAGCCGACGGUGGACAGAAGACCACCUGCUUCUGCUUCCCGGACACUUCUGGCAGCCAAACGCCCCUGCAGCAGAACCUGAACAAGCUAGGCGCUCGUAUCGGUGUCCUCGCGAUUGUCAUUUGCGUCGGCAUCUUCAUCAUCGGUUGGGUUACGGACCGCAAAGACCCCGCCAAUCCGGAGAGUGCUGCAUGGCUCUACAUGAUUCUGGUGUCCGUUACCUUGGCGGUGGCUGCCAUUCCAGAAGGCAUCCCACUCUGCGUGACCAUCUCGCUGACAUGGCCGGUGAACCAGGAAGUGCUGGUUCGCAAGCUUGCAGCCGUGGAGACUCUGGGCUCGGCUUCCGUCAUCUGCAGUGACAAGACGGGCAAGAUGACCAUGGUUGGUAUGUACACCGCCGGCGUGACCUAUGACGUGACGGGAAAGGGAUUUGACCCGGAGGUUGGCCAAGUGCAGCGUAGCGGCAGCACCGCCAACAGCGGGAAGGACAUGGGCAGCUCGGCUUGGCGUGAAGAGCAAUCUGCUGGCGGCCACAAGCUCAGCGAAGCCAUCUUGUGCUGCAACACGACGCUCUCGAAAGAGAAGGACGAGGAUGGAGUGAUGAAGUGGACACCGAAGGGCAACUCCUCCGAGGCGCCGAUCGUCGUGGCUGCCCGCAAAGUGGGCUUGUCGGAGACCAUCGCCAGCCCUCCGACUGCCGACUCCGAAUCAUCCUCGCUGACGGUGUCUCGCGUGAAGGGCGCGGAGAUUUGCCCCGGUGGAAUGCCGCUGCCAGCAGGCACCAACUACCUGGCUGUGUGCAAGGGGGUUCGGGCCCUCAGCAGCUUCCCGGGCUUUGGCACGGACAUGAGUGGAAAGAGUGGAAUGCCAGGUGUAGCGAAACUGACGGAAGAUGACAAGAAGGAGAGAUACUGUUCCUCUUUGGGUCCUAGCCUUGAGAUCCUGCAGAUCGUGGACGGCACCAGCCCCAGCAGAAGCAAGACUUUGCGCUUGGAACCCAACUUACCCCACCUGCUUCUGCUGAGGGAGCAUCUUCCCCCUUCCAGCCAGAAUCUGCAACAAGCUUCCAGAGAGAAGAGGUAUGACGAGAACAAUGAGGAUGCAUCUCGGAUUGGGAGCAACUUCAUUGAUGUUGAAUUGAUCUCCACGGAUCAGAAGUUCGAAGCUUGCCGCAAGCAGCUGCGCUUGAUUGGACUGGUCGCGUCUAUCGAUCCCGAGCGCGAUGGCGUGCCGGAUUCUGUCCUCGCAGCCCGUGGUGCGGGCAUUCGCGUGGUGCUUCUGUCGUGCAACAAGAUUCUGCCAGUCAUGAUCACAGGUGACUAUCUCCUUACGGCCAUUGCUAUUGCCAAGAACGUCAACAUCCUGCAGCCCUGCGAUGAUCCCGAUGUCUCUGCUGUUGACUGCGCCUGCCUCCGCCCCGAUGGUGAGUACCUGGAUAACAAGGAGAUGGACAAACUGACAGGUUCUGUCCGAGUCUUCGCCCGCGCCAAGCCAGAGGAUAAGCUGGAGAUUGUCAAGAGCAUCCAAAGACAAGGUCAAGUGGCGGCGAUGACAGGUGUCAACGAUGCCCCGGCACUGAAUCAAGCCGACAUUGGCGUGGCCAUGGGUAUCCAGGGCACAGAGGCCCGUCAAGCACGCUGCUCAUUUCUGCAAGAUAUGGAGCUGAGGAUCUUGACAGAUGACAACUUCUGUUCCAUCGUGGUGGAAAAGGGGCGUGCCAUCUAUGCUGGCAUCCAGAAGUUCGUGGCUUUCAUCAUGUCGGUGCACAUUGCAGAGGCUUGUGCCGCCAGGACUUGCAUCGGCGAUUUCACCAUGCGGGUGCGCACACCCCUGAAGGUGAUGCAGAUCUUCAUCUGCAUCGUGGUGGGCAUCCCCGUCAUGCGAACGCCUCUGCAGAUCCUGUUCUUGAUUCUGGUCACGGACUUGCCUCCUUCCAUUGCCCUGGGCGUCGAGCCAGGUGAGGCGAACAUCCUGAAGAUGCGUCCGCGCCCGAAGGACGAGCCCAUUGUGCUAAAUUGGAUGUGGCUGGCCAUGAUCAUGAAUGGCAUGGUCUUGACAGACCCACGGCUGCAAGGGCCGUGCCAGUAUGUGCAUGCAACGGUGAUUGUCGCCGUGUACUUGAUCUCGCUCAUGCACUUCUGCGAGGGCGAGAUUCUGCAAGCAAACAUUUACUUGCUAGAAGGUUACGAGACAAAGCUGCUGAGUUGCACGCGUUUGGCCAUGCAGCCGGAUAGAAGACAGGUGCAGUCUGAGAACAUCCGCGCUUACAUCUCCCGCUCCUUCACAAAUCCGAUGUGGCACGACAUCCUUGGAAACAAGGCUUCCCUGCUUCGCACCAGCGUGCCCGCGGCAACCGAGUUACAAUUUCAGGAAGUGUAUAUCAUGUCGACGGACGUGGAAGACUCUGGAAAGAGAUCGUCGCCCAAGGCUGUUCUGAUUCCGUAUCUGUCCGACAAGAUUCUGGGACUGCGAGGUCUCGAGAUUGGUCGCCUGCUCAGGUGGGAGGACCUUGUGGCGGAGGUUCUGGGAGCCGUGGCCGCAAAAGCAGUGAUCGGCAGAGCAGUUGAGGUGUCUUUGGUUGGGCUCUGGCAAUCGUUGGCCCAGUGGGUUGCUUCAUCCUCUCGGAAGGCUGCAAGCUCAUUAGUCGGGGCCGCAGGUGCCUAUCAGGCCAGGAAGUACCAGGAGUCUCUGGCAAUCUCUGACGCUUCGGAGACACGGAAAUCACCUCUGACUCGCAAGGGCACAGCAGCGGUGAAGCCGGCGAAGUCGGCGGCUGCGGCUCCUGAGGGCCGCUGCUGCUGGGGCUGGUUCUGGUGA